AUGAUUUUUAAACGUGCAGUAUCUACAUUGAUUCCUCCAAAAGUUGUGUCUUCCAAGAAUAUAGGUUCGGCACCAAAUGCCAAGCGCAUUGCUAAUGUUGUUCACUUUUAUAAGUCUUUGCCUCAAGGACCAGCACCAGCCAUCAAGGCUAACACUAGAUUGGCCAGAUACAAAGCCAAGUACUUUGAUGGGGAUAAUGCUAGUGGUAAACCAUUGUGGCAUUUUGCUCUAGGUAUAAUUGCCUUUGGCUAUUCCAUGGAAUAUUAUUUUCAUUUGAGACAUCAUAAAGGUGCGGAAGAGCAUUGA